AUGCUGCUACCGCGGCUUUCAACCCUCCUCUAUCUUGCUGGCCUAGCGGCUGUGCCUGCAGUCAACGCCUACGAGGGCGAUGAGAAUGUUAAGAGCCUCCCCCCGUACUUGGAUUCGGACUUCCAAAGCCGCUGGUUCGAUUUUGGGGGUGAUACGAUAAUUCGCGCCGAUCAAUACAUUCGUCUCACGUCCGAUCGACCGUCGCAACAAGGAUGGAUUUUCUCUCGAGUUCCUCUUACCACGACAAAUUGGGAGAUCGAGGUCGAAUUCCAAAUUCAAGGAAAUGGUAACCUCCACGGUGACGGCUUUGCCAUGUGGCUCACAAAGCAGCGCGCGACACAGGGUCCGGUCUUCGGAUCGACGGAUAACUUCGAGGGACUGGGUAUUUUCUUCGAUACCUACAAGAACAACCGCCCCGGUACUUCGUUCCCUUACGUCAUGGCCAUGAUGGGCGAUGGACAAACCAGCUAUGACCAGGCUCAUGAUGGCAAGGCCAAUGAGUUGGCAGGCUGCUCGGCCCGUGGUCUACGAACGGCUUCUGUCCCUACUAAGGCGCGCUUGACCUACUUCCAGGACAAGUCCUUGACACUCGACCUGCAGUACAAGUCAGAGGGAACCUGGACCAACUGCUUCACUGUCACAGCCCCCGAAACAAAUAUCGCGAUCCCAUCCGUCGCGUAUCUAGGGUUUUCUGCCGAGACCGGUGAGCUGAGCGACAACCACGACAUCAUCUCCGUCAAGGCCCAGAACCUGUACAACACCGGCCGCUCCGGUUCUGACUCCAAGGGCCCUGCCCGUCCCGUUGAACGACCCCGCUCGAAGUUCAGCAAACAGAAGAAGGAGGGAAGCUGGGGAUGGUUCCUGUUCAAGGUUUUCUUCUUUUUGGCCGCUGUUGCCGGUGCUUACGUUGGCUGGACUGUAUACCGCUCCAAAACCCGUUACUCACGAUUCUAA